AUGAAUAUCGAAUAUGAUGAUACUUCAAAUGCAACUAUUAGCUUUGCAAACAAUUCUAGUUCAUAUGAAUAUAUUUUAAAACAAUGUUAUGCAAGAAUAAAAAUAAUCGCAUUUGUAAUAUCUAUUAGUAUAUUUACUUUUGUUGCUUUUAUUUUGAAACUUCAGUACCUUUUUAACUAUACUUCCUAUUCAUUAUGUUUUCCCGAGCAUUUCUUACAAAUAAAAUCAUUGCCAUGUAAUAAGAGAAUAUUAACAGAUCAAACUAAAGAAAAACCUUUUCCUAUUCAAGAAUUGGGAAUAAAAAACAAAGAAAACUUAAUAGAUGGAGAUGUGAAAAGAGAUGUAUUAAGGGAAUCUACAAUAGAAGUUGAAAGAAGAAGGGUAAGAAGAAAAGUAAGAGAACCAAUAGAAGGAACAACAGGAGGAAUAGCAGGAGGAAUAGUAGGAGGAGCAUUAGGAGGAAUAACAGGAGGAAUAUUGAUAACGGGUGGAAGAAUUAUUGGAGGAACCGUAGGAGUAACUGCAGGAUCAGUAUCGGGAGGAGUAGUAGGGGCUGCAAUGGGGAAAUCGGUAGGUUUGGUAACAAGAAAAUUAUUAAACCAAACAGAGAUAUCGACAUAUAAAAAUGAUGAAAAAUCCAUACGUGAAAUUAUAGGAGGUCUUAUAGGGGGAGGCGCAGGAGGAUAUGUUGGAGGAACUAUAGGAGGAGGAAUGGGGGGAUUGAUAGGAGCAUUAAUGGGAAAUCCUUCAGGAAAGUUUUUAAGAGGAAUUUCUAGUAGAGUCACAAAUAGGAUACCCCUAUCCACUGGGAAUAUUUCUCAAGAAAUAGUUAAAGAAAUUACAAGAAGUGCAGUAAAAAUCCUAGGAUCAGUGUUUGGAGGAAUAACAGGAGGUGCAGCAGGAAUGAUUUUGGGAACAAUUGCUGGAAUGGAAAUUAAUAAAAUAAGGAGAGAAAAAAAAAAGAUAUUAUCUAAAUAG